AAAUUUCUAAAUAAUAAGGUUUUUAAAUUUACAUUGUAGCCGUGUAGGUAAUAAAUUAUUUUCUGUUUUCAACUUUCGUGGCAUGAGAAAAAUAUGACGGAGCUAUAUUGUCUUAGUAACUUUAUUGAUUUUUCACAAAGCCUUCAUGAGCCGCUUAAACAUAGUAAUCGUAUCAAAUACACAUGUUUUGAUAUAUCCACAAACUAUGUCGUCUUCGGAGCCUCAUCGGGAUCACUAUAUCUUUUUAAUCGCUGUUCUGGCAAGUUUCUGCAUCUUAUACCCAGUAAACAUGGACCUGUGACACACUUAGCAAUAUCUGCUAACGAGAAGUAUGUAGCAUUUUCUACACAGCGAUCAAUGAUCUGUAUAUAUGCAGUAAAUCUUUCUGCACACAACACCCCACAAGUAAUCUAUACAAAUCUAAGUAGCGAUCAGACGUUACAAGUGACAUGUAUUCAUUGGACACAAGAUGAAAAACAGUUUUACUAUGGUGAUACUCGUGGCCAAGUAAACUUAGUGUUACUAUCCUCAUUUAUUGGCAAAAGCCUUCUGAAUAUGGGUGUACAUCCUAUUCUAUUCCUGGAAUCGCCGAUUGUGCAGAUUGAUGAUUUUGAGUCGUUACUACUUGUUUCUAAUAGCAGCAAGUGUAUAUUGUGUAACACUGAGUAUGAGGAGUAUAAACAGAUAGGCAAUCGUCCACGAGAUGGUGCAUACGGUGCUUGCUUUGCCAUUUCGACCAAUGAAUCUGUAAACCCCUCUCGAAUUUAUUGUGCUCGGCCGGGAUCUAGAAUUUGGGAGGUAGACUUUGAAGGAGAAGUUCUGCAGACGCAUCAAUUUAAGGCAGCCUUAGCUACUUCACCUGAAAAAAUACACAAGUUCCACGGCUAUGAAGAAGAUACGAUUGCAAAAUAUGAGGAAAAUGAUGAAAUGCUCGAAUAUCAGCCUCAAAAUUUGCAAUUUUCCAAAAUCCAAAUGCUCAAUAAGGACUUUCUACUCGCUUUCACAGAAUUUGCUCUCUAUGUAUUUGAUAUGCGCAAUUCAGCGGUAGUUUUAUGGUGCAAUCAAUUUGAGAGAAUUGUGGAUUGUCGGGUGAUUGGAAAAGAGAUUAUUGUUUUUACACAAUCUGGUUCAUUGUACAGUGUGCAAUUGAAUCCAUUAAAAACACAUGCGUGUAGAUUGGUGCGACAAGAAAAACUAUUAGAAUGUGCUUGUCUGAUGCGCAAAAAUGUUAAAUACUUUGCAGAUAAAGCACGUGAAGACUAUGAUUUGAAUAUACUAAACCAAAUUAAGAAAUUUCUGAUUAAUCGACAAGAAUUUGAAUUGCUAAAUGAUCUCUCAGUUAUAUUUGAUGCCAUUAUGCAAUGCGAAGCUAUUGGCGACAAUAAUAGUACGGGCAGUAGCUCCGGUACAACUGAGCGUAGCACAAGUGUUGGUGCCAUCGGCUUUCAAUUCAUGCCUAAUAAUAAUCAUACGCCCCCAGCGAAAGAAGUUUACGUACUGGAAAAUGCAUUUUGUGAAAAUUUAAGGUCAGUCAAAGGCAGUGAAAAACAUUUUAAAGAUGCACUUUUAACGGUUACCGGAAAGUUUGGUAAAAAUAUUAUUAAAUAUAAAUUUAAUAUAUUCGCCGAGGAGCAGAAGAAAUUGGUACGAGACCUUAUACCAUCUAAUGAACGCUCUUUACCAUUUAAUGAUAUUAAAGCGAUUUAUGAAAAAGAUGAAGAGAUUGUUUGCCGUACAAAGAAAUCACAUACUACAGAAACUACCCAAAAUACCACCAAUAAUGGGCAUCACAUUAGUGCAGAAGAGAAAACCAUAUACAAUUUGUAUUUAAUUUGUAAAAGUGCAAAAAUAAGUAAUAUUAAUUUUGUCGAACGAUAUCGCUCUUUAUUUGAUGAAUAUUCAGCACGUGAGCUGAUUGAUUUACUGAGCAAGUUGGAGAUGGUAAUGCAAGAGCACGGUGAAAAUGCUGAGCAAGCACGAAAAAAUUGCUGCGAGAUGUACUUUAAUUACCUGAAUGCUGAGCUUAUUUGGGAAAUGGAUGACUAUACGCGGGACUUUAUCGCCGAGGGCUUUGUACUACUCAAUACAACGGCAGAUAUUGUGCGUUGCGAUAACUGUGCCUUUCCACUGCGUUUCGAUAACACUUGUGUAUUCCAUGAAUUGGGAGCAGUUUUACUACGUUAUUAUUGGUCGCGCAAUGAACAAGUAAAGUGUUUUGAUGUACUAAUGCAAGUGCCGGCACUACUAGAUGUUUUGGCGAAAUUCUAUAUGGCCGAGAAUAAUAUUGAGAAAGUAGUACCAAUUGUACUUAGUUAUCGGCAACCUGAAUUGCUUUUGGAAGUUGGUAAAGGUCUCAGCUUAGCGGCAUGGGCACGUUGCUUUGAACAAUUUGUCGAUUUACAGCAGGGCCGACUUUGUUGUAUCAACUGCGAAUGUGUUACAACGGUGGACAAUGUCAAUCAACAUUUUUUCUACACUUGGAAUUGCUUUCUAAGCAUUGCACUAGAAUAUCUGCAGGCGCAGGAAAUAUUUGCAAUGAUUUUUAAAUGGUCUAAUUAUAUAGCAAAUGACGCUAUUGAUCGGGAAUUUUAUACGCGUUGUUUGUUGAAAGGCUAAAAACGUUUAAAGCUAAACUCAAAGACAUUUACUAAAAAAAAAA